AUGGUCUUGCGAAGCAAACAUAUGAAUAUUUUACAUGUGGCUUGUGCUCUCAUUUUUUUAACGAAUCAUAUUUCGAGCGAAUCAUGUUUGUUAUCAAAUACUUCAUAUGCUCUGUGUUCAGUUUCCGGCAAAACACCAGUAAUAAAAUCAAAAGCGUUUAACAAAACUGACUUUGAUCAGGAAUGUCAUGCUGAUUUUGCACACAUGAUCCUCGAUGCUCAUUGCCAUCGUCCAACGCCCGUGUCAAAACUAAAACCACCGAAUUCGCUCGAAAAAUAUGGUUACGGAUUUUUAGCUGUUUUUAUUGUCUCGGCAUUGUCACUUGCUGGCCUAUUAGCAUUUCCAAUUCUAUACAAAGUUUCCUUUCAAUAUGUGCUGACAUUAUUCACUGCUCUCGCAGUUGGGACACUAUUUGGUGAUACAAUGUUUCAUUUGAUACCUUUCGCACUUGGUCUUCAUGGUGAUCAUGCGGGACACGAUCAUACAUCUUUUUCGGUACCUGAAUAUGUAUGGAAGAUGCUAAUCAGUGUUUUAAUUCUUUAUAGUUUUUAUCUAUUGGAAGUUCUUCUUCAUUCAUUUGCUCAUUACAAACACAAAAAUGCUAACUCAGUCCACUUUCAUGCUCAUGGCCAUAGUCAUUCAAUGCCUCAUCACAAUCAUUCGCAUCCCGAAGGAGAAGUUUGUGAACAUACUCCACUUGACAUCGAUGCUGAUCUAGAGCACAGUCACCGGUUACAUAAUCAUAUGCAUCAUAAUCUUCAUCAACACGUAUCCAAUGAGAUCAGUACAGCAUCGUCAAUAUCUGCUGCAAAUCAAUCGUUUCACAACAAUAAUAACAAUAGUAUUAGUAAUAAAAAUCUUACAUGCGUUCCGUGUGCAUAUUCAAAUGAUGUUCGGCCACCACUACUGAAACCAGACUCGAAAGGAAACCUGACGGCCAACGACGAUCAAGCACCAGUGUCAGUUGUGAUUGCCGAUCCAAAAGAAGAAAAAAAGACGAAAGGCUCAAAUCCAAUGGUACAACAAUUGAAAAUGAAUUCUACAUAUACGCCUGCUAUAAAAUCGACUGGAUGGAUGGUACUGAUUGGUGAUGGUAUUCAUAAUUUCGCCGAUGGAUUGGCAAUUGGUGCUGCAUUUAGUCAGGAUAGUGUUUUAGGAAUCACUACAACCUUAGCAGUCGCUUUUCAUGAAUUACCUCACGAAUUAGGAGAUUAUGCCGUAUUAAUUCAAUCUGGAUUUUCUCACUAUCGAGCAAUUUUAUGGAAUUUUCUCUCGGCAACAACGGCUAUCAUUGGAUUCUUUAUUGGUGCAGCAUUGUCAUCCGAUGCGAAUAUUCGUCAAUGGAUAUUUGCAAUUACGAUUGGUAUGUUUUUAUACAUUGCACUUGUCGAUUUGUUGCCUACUCUACUAGCCGAUGGACAAGUUGAAGUCAAACGGUUUAUUGUUGUUAAUAUUGGAUUUUUACUCGGUAUUGCCAUUAUGUUUUUAUUAGCACUAUUUGAAGAUAGUUUAAUUCGUUCAUCGAGAUAG